CAGGUUUUUAAUGUGGUGUUAGUGAGAGGGGAGAGCUAUGCAUUAGAGCCUGCCUCGGUUCUCUGCCCCAGUCGUUCGGUGACAGCUCUAUAAAGGUUUAGCUGAGGGAGAGCUUUCUUUGUAAUUGUGGGAUUGUUUUACUUUUCUCCCUCGCUCUCUCCCCGGCAAAGUAAAGCAUUACAAUAAAACUCCAAAUGCUUUUCUCGGCGUGGAAGCGAAGGAGAGACUAUUAGCAAUUGCUGAAAAUGGGCAAACUUCAGUCAAAACAUGCAUGCAAGAGGAGAGAAAACCCUGAAGGAGACAGUUUCGUGGUGAAUGCCUACCUGAACCGCCGGGGUUUGGAUGAGUUUGAGCGGCAGAGGACUUCGAACGGUAUCCUGGAGCCGGCGAAACUGCGGGGAUACCGACCCUUCUCCACGGAGUUAUUGAAUGCAGAACUGAAAGGGCAAUUCCUUGAUGACCAGUGCCCCCUGGAGGUGGUGCUCCCCCCAGAGAAGGCAGAGCCAUGUGAUGGAUUGACAUCGACUCUCAGUCAAGAAGAUGGAGAAAAGUGUCCCGGCAAAGAAACCAGCAGAGGGACAGGGAAGAAACGGCUGAACUUUGAUGAGCUAGAGUGUGACGUGUCUGUUGAAGAAGAUAACCAUCAAGAAUGGACCUUCACUCUUUAUGAUUUUGACAACUGUGGCAAGGUUACUAAGGAGGACAUGUCUAGCUUGAUGCACACUAUCUAUGAAGUAGUAGACGCUUCAGUAAACCAAUCAUCUGCCAACAGCAAGACACUGAAGGUAAAGUUGACGGUGACUCCCGAACCUUCCCACAGGAAGAAAGAUGGCCUCACCAGUGGUCAAGAUCGGGAAAGCAGUCGGUGCAGGAAUGAAACAGAACAUGCAGAGGAAAUGAAGAGCAUGGACAAAAGGCUGUCUGCUCAGCUAAGAAGAUACAACAGUGACCAGCAGCAUUCAAAUAUUCGUGAGCAUUACUGUGUAGAUGAAAACACAGAGAGAAGAAACCAUUACUUGGACUUGGCUGGGAUAGAGAACUACACAUCCAAAUUUGGACCAGGGUCCCCACCAUUGCAGACCAGGCAAGAGCACCAUGGGAAAAACACUCAUUCCCAGAACAGGUCACGAUCCCAGGAAUCAGAGACCCAUGGCAACCACCACCGUCGAUCCCAGCUCCUCCUGGACCAGCCCUCUCCAACAAGUGUGGGUGAGCUCAGGUCAGGCGACACACACCAGCGGCUGAAAUGCCAGGAGAAGCCGCUUGGAAAAGCCCCCAAAGGGACAGGGAAAGCUCCCACCCCACCCGGCCCGAGCAGCGGAAACAAGGCAGGAAAAGGCCUGCACUACCAUUCCCAGCCCAACCACGCAGGACACGACCAUCAUCACCUCCAGCAACAGCAACUACACAGCCAUAAAAAGUACAGGCAGCGAAUGAAGGAGAAUCACUCCCCACUGAAGGCAGCCCAUGCUCAGCCGCCAGCACUGGAGCAAGAAUUUGUACGCGAUCUGCCACCAGUUAUGUCAAGUGAUGGCUACGUCAUGCCCGUCAUUCAGAGGCACGAGCACCAUCACCACCAUGAGCACCAUCACCACCAUCACUACCACCAUUAUCACCAGUCAUGAGGAGUAGGUAACGGCUGCAAAAAAGAAAAAGAAAGUCCCAUGUUUCGGGCUGGACUUUGCCCGUUGCCACAAUAACUGUGCUUUCUGCACUGUGUCAGUGGCUAUUUUUGAACUGAAACGUUGAGGCAUGCACGAGCAGCAGUUGGAAACAAACUGGCUUCAAAACUUACUUGUUGGCUCCAUCAAGUUGCAAGUUCUCUCGCAAUUAUAAGUUUUUUUUUUCUUUCAGUUUGAACGAAUACAUGUGCACGUCUUUUUAGGGUUAAUAAUCACUUUCUUAUCUUCUCUUCAAUGUCUGUGUGACUGAGGUGAGAGCUGCAGUUCCUUGUCUACAUGCAAGACUGCCCAUCACAAAGCACAGGCCUACUUUAUAGCUUGUCUUUUAAGAUCCAAGAAGAUUUGAGACACCACUGCCAUUACUCUGCUGCAUAAGAAAUAUAAACAGAAAUUUAUUACGUUUUAUUAUUAGCUGAAUGGAACUCCUAUUUUAUACUGGACUGAAAAUACUUCUACUCGCUCGCUCUGUGGUACUGCUGGUCUGAGCUACCAAGACAAACUAUCUAUAUGAGAAGUCCUAAGCUCAUUCUGCAAGCCACUUAAAUGUGGGCUUCCUCUGUCAGAACAAGAUUACUAUAGGUACAAUUUGAAGUGUAUUGUGUUAUGAACUGACACAUGGAAUAGUCUGUCAGCAUGUAUUAAUAACACCAUAAGGAUGAAUGUAACACAUAGUAAUCAUUUUAAAAAUAUAAUUUAUUCAUAUAUUGAGAAAUCGUUUUUAUUUUUUAGUUAUACCCUCUUCGGUUUCUGUCAUCGAUGCUGACGUCAUCAAUAGGUUCCCAUCUUUGUAGGGAAGGGUUUGGCAACUGUCAUUUUUAUUCAAGAGAAAAUUUGCAUUGUUUUUCUUAUAUCUACUGCGGGUGACACCAUGACACACCAUUUGAUGCCGUUAAGCGAUCCUGGAGUGUGUUUGCAAGCCAGCCACAAGAAGCUUUGCCAAGAAAUUUUUUUUAUUUUUUUUCCCCCCCAUGUGGUGAUACUACACCUUUAAGCAGCAAGUGAUGUUGGAUUUUUGAAUAUGUUCCUGAUCCAGUGACCACACCCUGGUCUAGCACUCGAUGGUUAUGUUGCCCCCCACCCCCCUUGCUGAAGUGCCCUGCAAAACACCUAAUCGUGUUUGGAAACAAAGGAUCAUCAAGACAAAUUGAUGGGUGAUUCUCUUCACCUCUGCUGCUAUUAAUUUUUUUCUAAAUUUUUAUUUUUGAAACAAAAGCGCUGGAAAAGUUGUUGUGGCAGAAGAUCACUCUGCCAAGGCUUAAAUCUCUGCAAACAUUUAGGACGGUCUAUUCCAGAAACUGAAUUGCGUUUAAAGAGGAACAAUUGCCAUCAAGGUAACCCUGCGUUGGAUAUAAAACCCCACAUCAGAAUCCUAUUGCAACCUCUUAAAACUGUAUUAUCGUGAAUAGUUGCCAGGGGACUUCUGUGCUAUAGGCCAUCAUGGCCCUGUAUCAAAAUUAUGGUCAUGUUCUAUAGUUUCUCAGAGUUGACACUAGUGUCAGAAGAAAUAUGUUACUGUAAUACUUUUCUUACAUUCCAGUUUUGUGUGGAUUUUUCCCCAUAUUAUGUUGACAGUAUUCUCCCAGAUAUGUUAUCAAAAGUAGCCAACACCAUAUUGUAGUGAUAUUUUUGUAAAAAAAAAGACCUUUCAUAAUAGUUCUACUUUAUUGGAUUUCACUGCGAUUUUUAUAUAGUAUUGUACAUGGACUUAAUUAAAUGUAUUAUUUAUUUAA